AUGGCAGUCAACCGCCCAUCCUUCCACCGCCCAACAAGCGGCCGGUCCUCGGAACAAUUACUCAAGGACGACGCCCGUCGGUUUUCUCGCUCCAGUUUCGAAAAUGGGGAUGCAGAGGGCAGGCCCAUGCUGCACCCCGACCGGCAUCAUUCCCGCCGACCAACAAUGCAGAGUAUAGACCCGGAGUAUGACGCGGCCCUGGCGACUCGCAAGAAGUAUAUGAUCGCGGGAGGCUUUCUUCUGUUGAGUCUGGCGAGUUUUGUCGUCCAGACAGAGACUGCGGUUUAUAUCCAGCAGGAUUUAGGUUGGAAGAAGCCGUACUGCAUGCUCGCUUACCUUUCUUCUUUCCCCACGUGCAGCUAUCUCACCCAUGGAUCUUGGAUAUUGCUCUGGCUGGCCCAGCUGCUCAUUCUGAGAAUCCAAAAACGAAAAAUGCCCUGGGGCGCUUUCUGGCGGCGCCAUGUCUACCUCUUGCGAAGUACCGCGCAGAUGGUCGAAACGCAAGACGUCCAUCUGACUACUCGCGACUACCAUCGAUCGCCCGUGAAGUAUAUGGUGCAGACAGUUGCCUUUGUGACCACCGCUCUCACUAUUGCGGGUGGCUCAUGGUAUCUCGCCGUUGAGCUGACUACGGCCAGCGAUUUGACAGCAAUCUACAACUGCUCGGCCUUCUUCGCGUACGCCUUUUCGAUUCCUCUCCUCAAGGAAAAGCUCCGCCUCGACAAGGUCUUUUCCGUGGCGAUUGCCAUUAUCGGCGUGCUCAUCGUUGCAUACGGCGAUCAGCCCAGCAAGAAAGUUUCGAAAGGCGGAACGGCCCACGAGGCGGAGAAGGGAGCGUCAAAUCGCCUUCUGGGCAAUAUUAUCAUUGGCAUUGGCAGCGUGCUCUACGGACUCUACGAGGUGUUGUAUAAGCGGUACGCGUGUCCACCAGAGGGCACAAGCCCCGGCCGCGGGACCAUCUUUGCCAAUACCUUUGGUAGCAUGAUUGGGCUAUUCACACUGUGUGUCCUGUGGAUUCCACUACCUUUCUUGCAUUGGUCUGGGUGGGAGGUCUUCGUGAUGCCCACUGGCAAGGUAGCGUGGAUGCUCCUCAUCUCGACCUGUGCCAAUGCCACAUUCUCGGGCUCUUUCCUCGUCCUCAUCUCCCUCACCUCGCCCGUAUUGUCCUCUGUCGCCGCCCUUCUAACCAUCUUCCUUGUCGCCAUCAUGGACUGGCUCCGGACAGGCGAACCCCUCCCCUUCACGUCCAUCGGCGGCGGUAUUAUGAUCAUGGCAGCGUUCUUCCUCUUGAGCUGGAGCACGUAUCGUGAGCUGAAUGAGGAGCGCAAGAAGCACCUCGAGAACGACGAGGUCGAGUCGGACAAUGAUGACUGA